AUGGGUCUCGUCGACUAUUCCGAGUCCGAAUCAUCUGGGUCCGAGGCGGAAGCAGCGCCCACCAAGCAAAUUGCCAAGCCCAGAUUCGGCGCCGCCAGCAAGAAAAUCCCAUCCGUCGUCGACAAGUCGAAAUCGGGCAAAAUCAUUGUCAACCUCGCCGGCACCGCGACCGAUGCUUCCUCAUCGACACCGAGCGACGAACCCCCCGCGAAACGAGCGCGCACAGCAGGCAGCGGACGAUUCUCCGGCUUCAACUCGUUUCUGCCGGCGCCCAAGAACGCGGCGACGGCCGGCGGCGCGAAGGCGAAGCCUGGGUUCGGCGGCCUGAGGACGAGCGCCGCGCCAGGGUUCAGCAGAGACACGGGCGCACCCUCGAUAGCAGAGAGCCCCAUCACGCCGGGCGAUGGUGACGCAGAGGCGCUCGCGGGGCCAAAGAGCUCGGGGCUGAGCCUGCCGCCGCCAAGGAAUGCCGCCGCCGCGGAGCCGUCGAUCCCAGAGGGCCAGAAGCCGGCGGCCGAGGUCAAGCUCACGGGCAAGCCGCUCAUGUUUCGGCCGCUUUCGGUCGCCAAGGGCAAGAAGAAGACGUCGACCGCAGCCCCCAGGCCCAAGCCUGCGGAAGCACCGCCCGCUGCUGCCGCACCAGCGCCAGAGCCGCCCAGGAAGAAAGUCUCGCUCUUUUCCAUUCCCACCGACGAUACAGUACCAGCUCUCGGUCCUUCGCUGUCCAGCGGAACCGGCGCUUACGAACCCCUCUUCGAAACAGGGUACUCGGACGACUACAGCGCCGCCUACGCCGCUCAAGCGGCCGCCGAGCCCGUGGCCGAAUCCGUGGGCGACAUUGCCGACGACAUGAACCUGUCAGCUGCGGCGCGCCGGGAGCUCUUUGGCCGGGCGGGGGCCAGCGACCGCUCGCACGUCGCGGCGCAGCGCGUCGUCAACUUCAACAUGGACCGCGAGUACCGGCACAACGAGGCGCUGCGGGCGAGCGGCGAGCAGCAGACGCACAACCCGGUGCGCUCCAUCCAGGGCGGCGGCAAGCACAGCCUGCGGCAGCUGGUCGGCAACGUGCAGGGCCAAAAGGACGCGCUGGAAGACAGCUUCGCCAAGGGGAGGUCGAACCGCAAGGAGGCGUCGAGUCGGUAUGGCUGGUGA